AUGGCGGCUUUUGUUAUGAUGAGAGUUGGUCCUGGUACGUUCACUUCUGUUCGGGUUCACCGACCUGCUCUGCACUCUUUUGCUGCCGUCGUGCUCAGAUCCGUCAGUGUGUCUGCCACUCAGUCAUUCCCAGAGAGGGUUAAGAUUGUGGAGGUUGGACCCCGAGAUGGACUCCAGAAUGAGAAGGCCAUCGUUUCCACUGAAGUGAAGAUCCGUCUGAUUGACAUGCUCUCUGAGGCGGGACUUCCUGUCAUUGAGGCCACAAGUUUUGUUUCACCUAAAUGGGUCCCUCAGAUGGCUGAUCAGGAGCAAGUGAUGUGUGGUCUCCACAAGAAACCUGGCGUGAAUUACCCCGUUCUAACCCCUAAUCUGAAGGGAUUCCUGGCUGCUGUGAAGGCUGGUGCAAAAGAGGUGGCAAUAUUUGGUGCUGCAUCAGAGCUUUUCAGCAAGAAGAACAUAAAUUGUUCAGUGGACGAGAGUCUUGUGCGCUUUGAGGAGGUGAUGAAAGCGGCCAAACAAGAAGGAAUUCCUGUGAGAGGCUAUGUGUCAUGUGUGCUCGGUUGUCCAUAUGAAGGGAAGGUAUCGCCAAACAAAGUGGCAGAGGUUGCUAAGCGACUGUAUUCCAUGGGGUGCUAUGAGAUUUCACUUGGCGAUACGAUAGGAGUAGGCACUCCGAGCGGCAUGUCGGAGAUGUUGAAUGCUGUGAAAAAAGAGGUUCCUGUGGAGGCUUUAGCAGUUCAUUGUCAUGACACUUAUGGACAAGCGCUUGCUAACAUACUUGUGGCAUUACAGAAUGGGGUAAGUGUCGUGGACUCAUCUGUUGCAGGCCUAGGCGGCUGCCCUUAUGCUCAGGGGGCUUCUGGGAAUGUUGCAACUGAAGAUGUGGUCUAUAUGUUGCACGGACUGGGAAUCCAUACUGGAGUGGACUUGCCCAAACUGUUGGACGCUGGCUCAUACAUCUGUAAUUCACUUAACAGAAGAACAAAUUCAAAAGUUGCUCAGGCUUCCUGCAAACUCUGAAGUCUUUUUUCUCUUCUUAGUGAUUGUAGUCUGGGUUCACUCUUGUGGAGGGUCAUACUGUGAGGGUCAUACGGUGUUAUCCCUUAGUAUGCAGAGAACCCUCUUAAUUUACAGCAUAUUUAAAAUAAGUAUCUCUAAUCAUAGUGAAGCUAGUCUGAACACAUCUGUUCUGUGAAUGUGGGAAUUAGUCUGGUGGUGUAAAAGGACGCUCGUGAACUUUGUAUCACCUAAUAUUCACAACUAGACAGACCAAAAAUGUUCUCUUGUGCCUUGAUAACUGAUGACAGCCAAUCAAUAAAUACAGAGUUUUUAUUUCUAAUAAAUAAUUAAGUGUUUUAUGUACAGCUGAAGUAAGAUUCAUUUAUGAUUCCUAAACAAUAAAUGCUUGAAAUGGACCUAAUUUGACUUUGCUGAAUAUUGUUAAUAAUACAGGUGCAAAUGUCUCGCUGGUUAGACUGAAUCACAUUACUAAUGUUGAUUAGUAUUAUAACUACUGUAAUGCCACAUGGAAUGAGGCGUCACACAUUUUUAUGUCUAACAUCCCCAGAUAUGUGUCUGCGAGUGCCAAUUUGGCUAAUUUUGAAACGGAAGUGUCUGUUAUUACUAGUAAAAUGCAUUGCAAAACUGGUAGUCAUAACAAACUCAUUACAAGACUCUCUGGGAGUGGAAUUGAUGCAACAAUAUGAUAACUGAUUACUGGUGAAUUUUGUUCCUCUCCAGGAAAAAACUUGAAUAGUUUGAGGAAAAUUAUUGAAGGAAAAUCCCUUUACAUUUGCAAGCAACUGUAAAUGCAAAUGUUUGUUACAGGCAGAAAUCAAGCUAAAGCUAAAGGUUUUUAGACUUGUCUUGUGGGUAAAACGGCUUAUUAUUGUUUCUCUUUGUGUUGUUAACUGACAUUGUGUGAUUUUUUUUUCUUUAUCUUUUUUGGUCACAGUUUAUGAUGUUUAAUUGAUGUAAUUAAUUGUAUUGAUUAAAGACAAGAAAAUGAAAAAAA